AUGGCCAACAACAACGGCAAUUCCGGCAAUGACCCUCUCUCGGACGCAGAGCCUAAGGACCAGCCAGCGCCUCAGGACCAGUCAACUAAAGGCCAGUGCAUCAUCUCUGGCCAGAACACCAUGCGAAAGUGCAACAUGUGCUCCAUAUCUUUCAUCUGCACCUCCACUUGUCAGUAUGGUCCCGUAAUUGAUGGUUUGUGGGCGCAGCAUUUUAAGCGUUGUGUGGACCAGCCAUCCCGAACCACCGCCAACAUUCUCCUCAAGAGCAUCAUCAUCAACCAGGUUCCCACUGACCAGAAGACCCUGACCGACUAUCGCUUCGAUGCCUGUAUCAAUAAUUACAGCAAGAGACAGCUCGUUGCUGCCUACAAGAGUGUGAUGCUCUACCAUAACAUCAGCACACGCGAGCUGGACAUUUGGAUGAAGGAGAACGUCCCCUUCGAGCGCAUGAGCACCCUGUUCUAUGUCUACCCUGGGAUACUCCUUACCCACGAGCUCAAGUGGUUUUGCAAUUGUGCGAUCUCAGAGAAGGACGACCUGAGCGGCAGGGUCCGACGCUUGCUCCUGCAUACCAUUGUGUUACGGUCAGCUAUCCGACAGUCGUAG